GCUGUUGGUGGAGUUAGGGCGGAAACGGCGCGCGGUGACAGCUGGGAACUUCAACACGCUCAUACAGGAAGACAACGCAGACGGGAAGCCCGUAACACACCCAUUCAACAUCAAAGACUAAAGCCAGGACCACUGUAACAUUUCUCCGACGAUAACGGAAUGGCAGAGCUGGCGGGUCUAGUGCAGCGUUUGGAGGUGGCUGUGGGCCGUCUGGAGGCCAUGUCCAGUUCUGGGGGUGGAGGCGGCUCUGCUGCUGGAUCUGGAGUGGUGUCGGCGUAUGUUGAAGCCUAUGACAGUUUGAUCUCUGGCCCUGUGGCUCAGUACGCCGCCCUGAGUCAGAAGAUUGGGGGAGACGUUCAGAAGCAUGCUGAGAUGAUGAAGCAGGCCUUUACCUGUCAAAGACAGCUUCUGGUCACUGCCUCCUGCUCUCAGAAACCUUCUGAUUCCGCCCUGACCUCUCUGCUGGCCCCCGUGUCUAAAGUGAUCGAGGAGGUGCAGGCGUUCCGAGAGAAGAACCGCUCCUCUCCUCUCUUCAACCACCUCUCUGCGGUCAGCGAGAGCGUUCCCGCCCUCGGCUGGGUUGCCAUGGCCCCAAAACCAGGCCCCUUUGUGAAGGACAUGCAGGACGCAGCCAUGUUUUACACAAACCGUGUGCUCAAGGAUUACAAGGAGAAAGAUAAGUCACAUGUGGACUGGGUCAAUGCCUAUGUGUCCAUUUGGACUGAGCUGCAGGCGUACAUCAAGCAGCACCACACCACUGGACUGAGCUGGAGCAAGACUGGCCCGGUUGCUUCGGCCUCUGGAGGCGCCCCCGGCAGAGGAGCUCCAGCUCCGCCUCCCCCCGGCCCCCCUCCACCCCCCAUGGACCUUGACAAGUCUUCAGGUGGAGACUCUGGCCCAGUCUCUCGCAAUGCUCUCUUCGCCUCCAUCAACAAGGGAGCUGAUAUUACUAAAGGACUGAAACAUGUGUCUGAUGACCAGAAGACCCACAAGAACCCUGCACUCAAAGUCCAAAAAGGUCCUUUGCCUUCUGCUAAACCCUCGGCUGCUCGGCCCACAGCAGCUGCCAGCCCGGCCCGCACUCUUCCCCCAGUGCUGGAGCUGGACGGCAAGAAAUGGAAAGUGGAAAAUCAGGAAGGUGCCCAAGGCCUUGUGAUCAGUGACACAGAACUGAAACAGGUGGUUUAUGCCUUUAAGUGCAACAACAGCACUUUACAAGUGAAGGGGAAGAUCAACUCCAUUACUGUAGAUAACUGUAAGAAAAUGGGUCUUGUCUUUGACGAUGUUGUGGGUAUUGUUGAGGUGAUCAACUGCAGGGAUGUAAAGAUCCAGGUUAUGGGUAAAGUGCCAACCAUCUCCAUCAACAAGACAGAUGGCUGCCAUGUGUACCUGAGCAAAGACUCUCUGGCAUGUGAAAUCGUCAGCGCUAAGAGCUCGGAGAUGAACGUGCUGGUGCCCAACAAAGAUGGAGAAUAUACCGAGAUCCCAGUCCCUGAACAGUUCAAAACCGUAUGGGACGGCAGCAAGCUGGUCACCACAGCAACCGAGAUUGCUGGAUAAAGGACCAACCUGUGCAAGACCGCCCCCAUUGCAGUGUCCUACCUGACUGACCAAUGAGCUUAAACUACAAAGUAGAAUGGAAUGCCAACCAGGUCAACUCUCCUAUCAGCCAAUCACAGCGGCAAUCAUAUCUUCCUUCAGCUAGUGACAUGACUGCUUGCUUACCAGAAGCACUUGCUCAGUCAACGGCAGGGCUCCAUUCUCUUCUAUUCCAUUGAUUAAAACAUUAGCACUUGAAAUCAAUUGCCAACAGUUGGGGUGUUUUCAUGUUUUGUCUUUGUCUUGCAGCCAUAAUAACACGUGAAUGGCCAACAAGAGAAAUCAAGUCAUUUUAUCAUAUUUGUGUUUUGUAUUUUUGAUUCUUUUUCCAUUCGCAUUUUCUAGUCAGGGGGCAAGUACUGGGGGGGCCGCAGCGUUUUCUGUUUAACAUAUGCAAUUCAGAUAUGAAGCACACAAAUGUCCCUCUUCCGACCACCAAGACAGACAUUUACUGUAACUUUUUUUUUUUUUUUUUUUUUUCAAGGGAUAAUUAGAAUGCAGAUGUAUCAAAUCUUAGAGGAUGAAUUGGCAACUUAAGCAACUUGCAGAAUCAUAGUUAUAUUUCCAAUCGUGUCAUUGAGAAACAAUAGUUGCUUUAGGAAUUCUCUUUUCCCUCUUCAUUUUUUUUUUUCAUAUUGUAUUCCAGAGCACAUGCAACAUUCCCUGUAAUAUAAAUAAAUGAACAUUCCAUGAAAGGUGUGGAAAGUGUUUUGAUGUUUUUGGCACAAACUGGAGGCAGAAAAAGACACUCAGCCUAAUGUUCGGAUGCUCAUGGUACUGUCUGUCUGAUAUCUGAUGACUAUCUGCUGUACAGAUACUGGCUUUACAUGAAUUGUGUCCACCUCUUGUUCUCAUCACAUGCUUUAACUAGCUUAGACUUUAAUUCCAACCUCUUAAUCUUUACUUUCCUAAUAUUGAGGCCAUGUGUGUGGAAUUUCUUUUUUAUCAUUUGUCUUUUUGCUCUGAGAAAUAGUACUGGAGAACAAACAUCAUUAAAACUGUUGCAAUAAAUAACAUCACUUUUUCCUGA